GGCUUCCAGUGUCCCAACCAGACGUGAUUUCCCAGCUGGAGAGAGGGGAAGCCCUGUGGCUCCCAGAGGCAGAUGUCCCACGAUGUACUUUUCCAGCUUUUAACCAGAAAGGAAACCUGAAUACCCAUAAGAUAAUUCAUACUGGACUGAAACCUUUUGAGUGUAAUCAGUGCCAGAAAGCCUUUAGCAACAAUUCAUCCCUUAUUCUACAUCGAAGGAUUCAUACUGGUGAGAAGCCCUUUGAAUGUAAUGUGUGUAGAAAAGCUUUUAGCCGAAGGGGAUACCUUAAGCAACAUGAGCGAAUCCACACUGGAGAGAGGCCCUUUGAAUGUAAUGAAUGUGCAAAAACUUUCAGCAAUAAUUACCACUUGACACGACAUCAAAGCAUUCAUACUCGAGUGAAACCGUAUGUAUGUAAUGAAUGUGGAAAAGCUUUCAGCCAGCAGGAGUACCUUAAACAACAUAAAAGAAUCCACAAUGGGGAGAAGCCUUUUGAAUGUAAUGAAUGUGGCAAAGCCUUCAGUGACAAUCGCCAACUAACUCGGCAUCAAAGUAUCCGUACUCGAGAGAAGCCUUAUGCAUGUAAGAAAUGUGGGAAAGCCUUCAGUAAUAGUUCCUGCCUUAGUGAGCAUCAGAGAAAUCAUGCUCGAGGAAAACCCUAUAAAUGUAAUGAAUGUGAUAAAGACUUCCGGUACAACUCGUCUCUUGUACAACACCAGAGGAUUCACACUGGAGAGAAACCCUUUCAGUGUCAUGAAUGUGAGAAAGCUUUUAGCCAGCGGGGAGAUCUUAAUAAGCAUAGGAGAAUUCAUACUGGAGAGAAACCUUUCCAGUGUCAUGAAUGUGGGAAAGCCUUCAGUCAGAGAAAAUACUUGACUGAACAUCAGGAAAUUCAUUCUCAAGAGAAACCCUAUAAAUGUAAUGAAUGUGGGAAAGCUUUCAGCAGGAAGAAAUACCUUACCGAACAUCAAGGAAUUCAUUUACGAGAGAAACCUUUUAGAUGUAAUGAAUGUGGGAGAAACUUUAACAUAAAGAAAUUCUUUAUUAAUCAUCAGAGAAUUCUUCAUCCUAAAGAAAAACCCCAUGAAUGUAGUGAAUGUGGGGAGGUCUUCAAUAGCAUUGCUUCCUUUAUUGACCAUCAGAGAAUUCAUAUUGGAGAGAAACCUUUCCGGUGUAACGAAUGUGGGAAAACCUUCAGCAACAAUUACCGCCUUAAUCAACAUCAAAGAUUUCAUACUGGAGAGAAAUCCUAU